ACAUCCAAAAACAAAGCUCACUACCAGAGCCAUGUUUAUGGCAGAUAGUGACCGGAAAUUAGAUAUCCGCUAUACCACACACCAGAGCCAUGUUUGUGGCAGGUAGUGACCGGAAAUUAGAUAUCCGCUACACCACACACCAGAGCCAUGUUUUGAAGAUAGGACCUUAUCAGUUAUCACUACGAUAUCCAUCACCCACCAUGUCUCUCCUCUCUUUACCACCAUCCAUUUCCUUUCAGGUCACCCAUCGAUCUCAACAAGGACUUGUCAUGAUGAUAAAGGUCAAUCAGAACAACAAGGGGGAGAAAGGAAAGCAAGGAGAGCAGGAGGAAAGUAGAGAUAGAGAGAAAGGAAAGCAGGAAGAGUAAGAAACGGUGUCUGGAUAUAAUAGAUUAAGUAACAGAAAGUGAAGGUGUGUGAUGGAGGGUGUAGACGGAGAAGAUAAAUGUAUCAUGGUCUUAUAUUAGAUAAGGUGAAAUUUUAAUUUCUUUAAUGAAUUAUGUCAUAUUGAUUUUUUUGCAAACAAUUAUGUUAUAUUAUUAUUAAAACGAUAAAUUGUUAUACCAUGGAGGUAACAUUGGCCAAUGGUCAUUGCCACGAGAUCCUAGGCGCAUAUGUUUGGUGUUCCUUGGAAAAAUUCAAUAAGAGAAUGCUAUUUUGUAAUUUAUCUCAUGUGAAAUGAUUUUUUAAUAAUUAAUGGAUAUGUAA